CCAAAUCAAAAGUUUGAAAGCUCCGCCUAAAGUUAGCAGUUCCCCUCGUUAGGCAGCAGUGUAAGUAAUCUAGUACCGUGAUAAAUGACCCCAUUGCCUCCAUGCUUAGCAGCCGGAUGCAGGUUUAAACGAUGCUCGCUAGCUACAUCCGCUCUGCUGCGCAUGCGCACUCGACGGUUCGCGGUUGCGCCAGAGGAUGUUGCUGGCAGCCAGCGCUGUAGAUGGUUUUGUCUACAACAAUAACAUCACCAUCCUUUUCUUUUUUUUUUGGUCUCCAAAUUCCGAACCGAGGAUUCCACGUUCCAGACGUGAAUGAAAGCCUCUGAGCUCCGGCGUUCUUCACCUGCUGCUGCCCGCAAUGGGAUCGGACUGGUUUGCAGAUUUGCAGAGCUUCUGUCUGCAGGAGGAGAAACGACAAUCAUGGCUGGCCAGCUAGGCCGCUAAUUGAUUCCCGAAGCGGCGAACAAGAGUCUUGUUGACGCGGGAGAAGCCCGGACGUUUAGUGUGCGUUGAUUAGAAAGCGGUUUGUCACAGGACCCGCGUUUCAGAGCGAUUCUCCCGUGUUUACAGGCUAUUUUUUUCUUUUCUUUUUGGAGCAGCGGCAGCAGCCUCGGAGCCGCUAGCGUCACCACCUUGGCUGGCUGACGUCCUGCCUCUGCCGUUAGCCUCGGUGCUAGCUAACGCUAGUUAGCAUCGAUCGCCCAGGAAAGCGGUGGACUACUUUUUCUAGAACGUUUAAAAUCAAGACUUGUGUAUCCGAGGAUACUUGUACUCGUUGCUUUAUUACAGCAGCUUCUCCUGGAUGAAUGUGGGACAAAAUGGAGACCCCGACGAUUGUGUACGAUUUGGAUACCUCCGGGGGCUUAAUGGAGCAAAUCCAGUCCCUGCUGGCGCCUCCGAAGUCCGAAGAGGUGGAAAAACGGAGUCGGAAGUUGGUGAGAGACGUCCGGAGGAGCGGGAGGGCCACCAACCAUGACACCUGCGAUAGCUGCCGGGAGGGAGGCGAUCUGCUGUGCUGCGACCACUGUCCCGCCGCCUUUCACCUCCAGUGCUGCAACCCUCCUCUGAGUGAAGAAAUGCUUCCUCCUGGAGAGUGGAUGUGCCAUCGAUGUAAUGUCAAAAAAAGAAAGCGGGACCAGAAGUCUGAGCAGACUAACGGCCUGCCGGAAAAGUCUCUGUCUAAAUGCUCUUCGUCUCCCGCUGUGGAGCUGGAGCUCAGUGCUGGCCCACUGCGGCUUGACGGACUUCCCCCAGGAGCUGGUGCUGCGGGCCCCGGGUUGAGGGUGGCCCAGGUCCGCCUUCUGGACCGUAAGACUUGCAGCAGGCCUGGCACUCCUACAUCAAACACCUCAUCUACCCCGACUCUCUCCGAGGAUCAGAAUGAUGGGGAGGACGAGACGGUCGAGCCUGAGGAGGAUUUCCAGGGAGCAGAGUUUGAAGCUGCCCCUGUAUUAGCCCCAACGCCGCGCCUCCUCAAGAGGCCCUUCCAGCUCCUAAUAGCUGCUGCUAUGGAGCGAAAUCCCACGCAGUUUCAGUUGCCAAGUGAGCUCACUUGCACCACUGCUCUUCCAGGCAGCAGUAAACGGAGGAGAAAAGAGGAGCUUCUGGGAAAGCCCUUCCGGAGGCCUCAACACGAGCUGGAUACUAACGGCCUCGUCCCUCUUCCGGUGAAAGUCUGCUUUUUAUGCAACAAGAGUUGCAGGUUAGCUCCACUGAUCCAGUGUGAUUAUUGCCCACUUCUCUUUCAUAUGGACUGCCUUGACCCCCCACUUACAGGCUUACCUGCUGGCAGGUGGAUGUGUCCAAAUCAUGUUGAGAAUAUAGCGCUCAAUCAGAGGAGCCUGAGUCUGUCCAGGCGCUGUCAGCUCUUUGACCAAUUCCAGGACAGGAUGUCCCAACAUGCAGUCAAGUUGGACUUCCUUCGUAGAAUCCAUCGGCAGAACGCACCAAAUCGACGCGCUUUUUCCCAGCUGAUCAAGAAAACCAUCAAGGUCCCCGAUGCCAUUAAGUCGCAGUACCAGAAUCCUCCUCCCAUGCUGCUCCCUGCAGGGAUGCGACAGUUGGAACUGGUUUGCAGCAGCAUUUCUGAUCACGCAUCUUCAGAUCAGCUAGCAACAGAAGCUGAGCAGCAAGAGUGGCUCCAGGAUGUCAUCGCUCUCCAAUGCAGCAUCAUGCGGCAUCUUUCAAUAAAACAAACGCCUGGAUCCACAUCAGCUGCAGAGUUUGAUUCUGAGCAGAAGAGCUGCAUAAAAUCCUGCAUCUUAUCGGAAGAAAAGAAGACUCCAGCUUCUUUUGGAAGGACUCCUUCACCUUUACCCUGUCCUAAAGCCUCUACAGGUAGUUUAUCCAAAAGCUCUCUAGAGGCCUCGUUUUCCAAGGAUUGUCCGGCAAAGCUUGCUCUCUGUCAGUGUGACACCACGUCAUGCCAGAGCUGCCAUAAAGCCAAUGGAUCUGUGGCAAAGCUUCAGCCUCCCAGCCCUUGCACGGAUCUAGACUGUAAGAGCACGUUGGCCUCCUCCAGGCACGCUGAGCUGCAACACAGGUUGAAAGCCGGCUCCGAAUCGGAGCCUGUUGCAGGACUAGGGAACCAUGUCCAAACGGAAGCUUUCAAAAAGGAGCAGGAGGGCGCCACAGAGACCUGUGCUCUGAAAAACUGCCCCACCGCUCUCACGACUCGGCCCAACAGUGGCGGGCUGAACAACAAGAGCCACGGCAAGCUUCAGGAGGAGGAACCGCGUCACUGUUCCAUCACAAGCAGCUCGCUCUCCCAUGCAUCAAAAGACGAGCAGAAGCAAGGCACGGGAGAACCCAAGCUGUUCCCACCACCAAUGGAUAUGAAAGCCCCUCCCGGCCUGAUGGACAUGCUGCUGCCAGGCACACCUUCGUCUGUCGCCAACCUGUCCUCGUGUACGAAGGAUGGAAAGGAGGAUGGAGACAUUCAGCUUGAUAAACUGGAUGCAGAGAUGAUCAAGAUGCUGGCAUAUCAGAGGAUCCAGCAGCUAUUUCCCCCUAAGAUACCCAGCACUCCACCCUGCACAGGUUCCUCUAAAUCCCCCCAACCCGACAGUCAGAAGAAAGUCCAAGCCCGAGCUGUUUUCUAUCCUCUGAUAGGAAAAGGUCACGCUGUAAGCAUGUGCUACAGGACGCUAUACAUAGGAUCCGGAGCCGACAUGGACGUUUGCCUUUCAAAUUACGGUCACUGCAACUUUGUUUCCGGGAAACACGCGUGCAUUUUCUAUGACGAGAACACCAAGCAUUACGAGCUCCUAAACUACAGCGAGCACGGCACCACGGUGGACAACGUCCUCUACUCCUGUGACUUCUCCGAAAAGGCCUCGCCAUCCCCACCCUGCGGCCUGGUGUCCAGAGUGCAAAGCAUUAUCCGACACAACAGGAAGCAGGAGAGCGAGGGUUCGGGCCCCGGGGCGUCCGUGCUGCCGGCGGGCGGGGUGAUGAGCAGCCAGCCCCAGUGUGGCGCGGGGCCGCCAUGCGGCUGCAAGUCCAGCAGCUCCAGCCUGAUCGGAGGCAGCGGUGCGGGCUGGGAGGGCACGGCUCUCCUUCACCACGGCAGCUACAUCAAACUGGGCUGCCUCCAGUUCGUGUUCAGCAUUGCCGAGUUUGCCAGUAAACUGCCAAAAGAAGAGCCUGCCGCCAGUUCCACGAGCAGCUCCCCCAGCACCGGCGUGUCCGGCUCCGCACAGUUACCCGCCUCCACACCGCCCAGCACCGCCACGUUGAGCAGCCCGUCCAGCCAGGACGAGGCGGACCCUGACGUGGUCUGCGCCCACCAAGUGCCCGUUCUGCGCUCCAACUUUGUCUCUUAAACCGCACAAGACGCCCACCCUCUACUUUAGUUUGCACCUUCCAAGUCACAAUGAAGGGAAAGCUGCACAGCUGCUUGGUCAGCAGGGAAACAUUGGUUUGUUUUAAAUGCUUUUUUUUUUUUUGGUUUUUUUUUUUUUUUUUUUUGCAUGAACUUGAAGUAAUGUUGACAAUCUUUUAUUUUUAUUUUUUUUUUGAAAAUGACUGACGGUAAACCUGAGUUCACUUCAGACCAUCAGGACUUGAGCGAACCUUAUUUACCUGCGCUCAGUAUUUCUAUUGCCUGUGUAUUAGUUCUAUAUAUAUAUAUAUAUAUAUAUAUAUAUAUAUAUGAUGUAACCUUAUUAUGUCAGUCAACCCAUUUAGCACAACUCUUAUUUUGUUGUAUUACAUAGUCUGAUUUAUUUUUUAAAAUUUUUUCCCUCUGCUCCUUUUGCACCACAGGUAGCUAUAAAUGUAUGAGUACAUACAUGCCUACACACUAUAUGUGUACAUAACUAUUGUAAAUAUUUAUAAUUCAGUCUUUCUCUUUUUGAGAAACAUUGGAUUUCAUGUAGAUUUACCUUUUGGGGUUUUUAAUUGUACAGUCCAUGGAAAUUGUGAUACAGUGUAGAGUACCAAAUGUUUUGUGAUAAAACUUGUUCUUAGUCUGUAUUUUCCAUUGUAGUCCAUCUGUUAAUACUGUAGUGUUUUAGCACUCAUUUUGACAUCAUGCAGCUUUGUAUAUAAGCAGUACCAGCUUGUCUGUUAAACAUGUAAAUACAGAAAGAUUUUUUAAUAACAAA